AUGACAGUGAGACUAUAUUGGUUCACAGCUGUUAUGGGCUACGUUGUGCAAACAAAAUUUCUAUCCCAUGUCCAAUCUUUAAACACCAACAAGAACAAUGACAAUUCCACUUCAGACUCCAUCACAGUCUAUUUGACUUUUAUCUACUUUGCUUCAUGGUUACUUAUCUUCCCAUUAUCUAAACUAUUAAAAGAUAACUCUACAAGCUCAUUGCCAAUUUCAAACCAGAUCGAAAACCGUAUCAAUUCAGAGAACUUAAAUUUGAAUCACAAACAACUGUUCUCCUAUUCAUAUUUCAAAUACUUUGUCAAGAUCUUUACCUUGGCUAUCCUAGCUCUGGUCACUGUCCUUUCUUAUCAUACUGCUUUGGCUAUUACUCCUGCAUUCGAUGUGGCUUUAAUUCAAAAUACUUCAAAAUUCGAAAUCACUAUACUAUUGUUUGGUAUCUGUGGUAUAGCUAAGAGAAAGAAUAUCUUUAGAAACUAUGUCAUAAUCAUGUUUGGCUUAUUAGGUGUCCUUCUAAUCGCCUAUACAAAGGCCACUUGCGACUUCCUUUCUGGUAAGCUAACUAUAAACCAAGAAACUGGUGAAUUAAAUGAUCCUUUCUUAUUUGAUAGAUUAAAAGGUGCUCUGAUCUGUGGUUUGGGUGCCCUAACUACUGGUCCUUUCGCUGUGCUUUAUAAUCGUUGGUUUAACACAGAAAAGGACAGCUUUGUUAAGCAAGGUAAUCAUUUGCUAUUGAUUGGUAUAAUAAAUAUGAUCCUAUUGUCUCCUUUCUUCCCAACUGUCUCCAGUUCAAGCGUAUCGUUACUUUAUAGUGGUAAAGAAUUUUGGUUACCUGUUCUAUCCUCUAUUGCAUUAGGUACUUUACCACAUUUAUUAUCCCUAUUAUAUUUGAAUAGAAAUGCUAUCCCAGAAUAUUUAACUACUACUAAUUUAGGUAUCAUCAUAACGAUGGGCUUAGCCGAAUGGAUUUGUGAACCAACCCAAACUUUCAUUGUAAGAUGGGAAGUUAUUGGUUAUCUAUUAUUAUCCGUUGCUUGUGUCAUAUUAUCAAUAUCUUUCUAUGAUACUAGACACUUCCAUUAA